CAUGGACACACACACUCUCACUGAAACUGUUGACCAAAUCAUCACGCAGCAGCAUGAAAUUCCUCACCUUCACAUUUCUUGCUUUGGUCGCUCUCACCAGUGGCCAAAGAGUUCAAGAAAAACGUGGAGUUGUUGCCGAUCAGCAGGCCUACACCGCUCAGGCGCCGGCCGCCGCCAUAGCUUACACUAAAGUGCAGCAACCAUUACAAAAAGCCGUCGUUGCCGCAGGCCCUCAACCUCAGUUCUAUACCCAACAGGCCGCCGCCCCCGCGGCUUACGCCCUUCCUGCCCAGCAGCAAUUUCAAUAUCAACCUCAAGCACAAGCUGUCGCUUAUCCCCAACAAACCUUUUCUAAAUACGCCGCCGCCGCUGGCUUCCAAGACACCGCAGCCCAAGGGGUAGCUAAGGUGGCUCCUGCCGUGUACAGGCAACCGUUCUCGCUGGCCAACGACGUCUCGUCCUUCACCUACUCUAGUCCCGUCGUGACUUACAAUAACUUGGGACUUCUGUCGCAAGUAGUUGGAAAGAUCGCUAACCCUCCAGUACAAGUACAAGCCAAAGCUGCUGCGCCCGGGGCACCAGCUCCUGCCGCCUACCAAGCUCAAGUGCAAGCUGCUCCCGCUCAACUAGCUUACGCUCCCACACAGGCCAAGUUUGCUCUUCCUGCCGCUCAGCCGACUCACAGGUUUGUGUCUGCUCCUGCUCCUCAACAGUAUUUGGCGCAAGCACAGCAACAGGCUUACGUUUCCGCCCCUCAAGCCCAGACUUAUCAGGCCGCCCAGGCAUACUCGGCACAGGCUGCGCACGCUGCACAGGCUGCGCAUGCUGCACAGGCUGCUCAGUCGAUUCCUCAGUCUCUUUAUGCUCAAGCACCACAACUCUACAGCGCAGCUCAACAAUCCAAGCAAGUUAGUGCCGGAGUCGCAUAUGCUCAGUAAUUUGGUGGAUUUUAGUCACUGUUGUACAUACUUCCUAGUAGCUAGACUGUUAAGUUAAGGCAAUACCUUUUAGUAUUAUCGCGAGGUGUUAUUAUUUAAUAAAGGUUUUUUUAACUAA